AUGACCAUUACGAUCAGGAGAGAUCUUGGUUUGAGCACGGUAGACGUUGCAAACUCGAACAUUGCUGCUCUUACCGGAACUUUGAUUGUACGCUUCGUCGCAGGACCGCUAUGCGACCGGUUCGGACCUCGAUACACAUUCAUCGGCGUUCUGCUCUGUGGCUCAAUUCCAACAGCGUUGGCUGGCGCUGUGUACAAUGUCCAAGGAUUGAUCGCGCUUCGAUUCUUUGUUGGUAUCCUGGGAGGCACUUUCGUGCCUUGUCAGGUCUGGUCCACCGGCUUCUUCGACAAGAACGUGGUUGGCUCAUCCAAUGCCUUGAUUGGAGGCUGGGGCAAUUCUGGAGGAGGUAUCACCUAUUUUGCAAUGCCUGCCAUAUAUGACAGCCUGGUGCAAGACCGGGGUUUGUCUUCGCAUGUUGCUUGGAGAGUUGCCUUCAUAGUACCUUUCAUCCUGAUCGUCACGACAGCCCUUGGGAUGCUGUUCUUGUGUCCAGACACACCUACCGGAAAGUGGAGCGAGCGCCACUUAGCAACUCAGCGAUUGCUCAAUGCUCAUGGUGUUCACGAAACCGUCGUCGACCAACCAGGAUCCAUCAAUGCCAGAAACGACUCUGAUGAGUCAAGCGGCACGGCAACACCCAAGGACAUCAAGGAGAAGACCUCGACUCCUGGUGAUGUGGAAUCUGGUAGCAUUAUCCCAACGGCAAGCAAGGAGGUUCCGCUCUCGCAGCAAGACAUGCUAGAGGUCGCUAAAGGAGAGAUUGUGGUCGCUCCUACGUUUAAGGAAGCCCUACACAUCGUCCUUUCCCUGCAAACUCUUUUCCAUUCCAUGACCUAUGUUUGUUCUUUCGGUGGAGAACUAGCGAUCAACUCAUACAUUGCGAGUUACUACCUCAAGAACUUUCCAUCGCUCGGUCAGACAGGAGCCGGACGCUGGGGUUCCAUGUUUGGCUUGCUCAAUGUGAUCACAAGACCGGCUGGCGGUUUCGUCGCGGAUAUCUUAUACAAAUACACAAAAUCUCUCUGGGUCAAAAAGGCUUGGAUUGUCUUUGUUGGGGUUGUGAGCGGGGCUUUCCUUAUUGCCAUCGGACUGAUUGAUCCACACACCGAAGGCCUUAUGUUUGGACUGAUUGCUGGAAUGGCUGUAUUUUUGGAGGCUGGCAACGGUGCCAAUUUCGCACUUGUUCCGCAUGUCCAUCCUUUCGGGAACGGAAUCAUGAGUGGGACGGUUGGAGCGGCAGGGAAUCUUGGUGGCGUAAUCUUUGCUAUCUUGUUUCGAUUUCAUGGUACAGACUAUGCUUCGAGCUUCUGGAUCAUGGGCGUGAUGAUCAUAGGCCUGAAUCUUGCAGGUGCAUGGAUCCGACCUUUACCAGCUGGCCAAAUUGGUGGCAAAUAG